GCAAAGCCUGACGGGUAUUUCCAAGUUCGUACCCAAAAAUACAAAUGGCGGAAGUGGAGAACCGCGAUCGUAAUGGGAAAAGAGGUGAUCGAUGUGAACGAUUACCCGUAUAACGUGAUAUACGUAACACUUUUCGACUUAAAUUACCGCAAAUAGACAUUAUGGGUUCACAUACUUUAGAAGUGCUGCGACAGGGACUUUGGGCUUCGGUGACCGGAGGCUGGUUCUUCGAUCCUCACCAAGAUAUCUUCUGCAACACAUUUCAUCUGUACUUGUGGCUAUUUCUGCUCUGUUUCCCGUUUUCGCUGUACUUAGCACUUGCACCAUCACCGGCAGUGUGGAUUAUUUACUGUGCAGUUAUUGCAUUCGUAUUUACAUGUAUCAAAGUAAUAAACUUUCGUCUGCAUUUGAUGUUUGACUUUGGUGAAAUCAUUGAUGAUAAAAAUGAAGGACACAAUGAGGAUGAAGCAGGUGACAAAGCUGAAACCGAGAAUGAAGAUGUAGAAAAGGGACAAACAGUCAGUUUGAAUGAUAACACACACAGUAACAAAACUAUAGGUGAAAGCAUAGAGGGAAUUGAGAUGCAGGAAUUUGGUUCAAAAAGAAGUAUUACACCUCCUAUUGGAUGCAGUUCAAGAAAUUCUUUUAAUGAAGAAAUGGCACGGAAGAGAGCAGCAGAGAUGCUUGAUAACGAUUGCUGUAGUGAUGAGCAUAAAGUGGAAGUACAUCCCAUGGAAGCCACAUAUAGUUCAGAAGAUACAUUAGUCAAAGCUUUGAAUACUUUGGAUAGCAUCGAACGAGAACUCAGACUCAAUAGUUAUUCUGAUGAAACACAGUCCAGGCCAACGAGUACUAUUACAGAUCCUAUGAGAGAUAGCAGUAUAAUACCAGGUUCAGUCGAUAGUAUGGUUACGAUAGAAGAAGGAUCACCACCCAAGAUUGUUACGUGUACUUUGAGUAGUUCAUCCAUUAAUUCUUCAGGUGACAGCUUAAAUAGAAACAUUGCUAUGAAACCAAAAUUGGUUCGAAGGUUUGGAGCUAAACCUAAGCAGCACAAUAACGAUGACAUUGAAAUGAACGUCAUUAGGGACUGUACUCCAAGACCAAUGUUUGUAUCAUCAGAUGAUAACAUUGUUAACACAAAACCAAGAUGUCAGGAAAGCAAACGGACUAAAAAAGAUUUAGAAGUGGUUGUUGUGGACUUAGAUAAACAUGACAGCUGUGAGGAGGAUGAAGACACAUCUAGUUUAUUCAAUGCGAUUAUUACGAGGCAGACAGCAGAUACGUCUGGCUACAAAGUGCAUAAUGUAAAAUAUACUGAUCCUGUGGAUAUGACAGAUUCAGGGAUUAAAAUAAAAAAAUGCUGUUCUGCAGAAAGUCCCAGAGAGAUGGGACAAGCUUGUGACGUGUCAACGAACACAGGAGAUUUAUCAAAGUUACCUGCUGUUGAAAAUGAUGACAUUGGGCUUGAAUCAAGUUUUCGGUUCUUCAGAUCAUCUGCGCCAAGGAACAGUGGUUUUGGAAGAAGAGGAAAUAUCAAACGUUCAUCCUUAGGAAAGAGUGAUGUUACAGGGAUGAGUUCAAAUUUGGGCGUGCAUUUUGAAACUAAAUCAAGCCCUUCAUUACGUAGAGAUUCAAAUAUGUCAUCUAGUGACUCUCCAAUAACAAGUAGAACUACUAGUAUGUGCAGUGCUUCAGAACUUGAAUCGACUCUAGAUAGCUCUUCAGUGUUUUCUCCAAAUGAACAAACCCUUGAUGAGACAGUUAUUUGUAAAUCUGCUAACGUCUUGUCAGCUGUUUCACAAACAAGACUAGGAACGCUACUUGAUACUGACAGCGAAAACAGUGCAGUUGAGUUUGAUAGUGGCAGCUCUGUUGGUUUGAAUUGGCUAUUUGAAGCUGGGGACAGUGAUUCCAAUAUAGUAGAUUGGAUGUUUUCCACGGAGCUUGAUAGUGCUACCACUACUGAAGAUAGUGAAAAUAGUGGUAAUGCUAUGCUACGAAACAGAGUUAGUGAAGGAGCCAUUCCUAAAAAAAGAGCAAGACAAGAUAGCCUAGACUCUUUGGAGAUGGAACCAUCAACCUCAACCAAUAUAUUCAGUAAAUUUGUCUCCCGAAUGCUGGGAGAGCAAACAGAAAGAGCCACAGAACCAGUAGUGAGUGGACGGAGGAGAAGAGCUGAAAAUACGUCUGAGAAUGAAUCAGGCCAAGAUGCAAAUCGAAAUAGUGAUAGGGAAGGUGAUAGAGAAAGGACAAGCCAUCUAAGGAGACGACUUGCCGAGCGUAGACGUCGCCGCCAAGUACCUACUUCCAGUCCAGCAACUGUCAAUCCAGAAGAUAAAGAACAUAGUAAGAAAGUACAUAGUGAUUUGUCCUCAUCAAUAUCAGCCUCAUUGUCAUUAGGCGGCUCCACAGAUCAUGGAACACAUGUUGCUUUGACUCAUGAUGAUACCACUUCUGGUGCUGUUCACUAUUUUCAAGAUGAACAUGGUAAUUGGCUGUCAUAUAAAUUUAGUGAUGGCAGUACUGGUAUAGCUGACAGCAUGACGACAUGUCCAUUAGAUCUUGGAUCAUCUCCGCUUUGGGCUGACUUACUUAAUGAAAGAAGGUACAUCAAACUUUCUGUGGCUCUGUUUUAAUUUGACUUUUGGAACUUCAAACUCAACUUUUAUCUUCUUGACCUGUAGCCAAUGUUAAAUUAUGUCCAGGAAAAAUAAUAAAAAAAUUAUGACUAAUGUCAGCUAUUAUGGCAAUAAUGCAUGUAGCAUUUAUUCCAAGCGUUUUUUUGAGAGAUCACCCCAAAAUAUAUGUCGGAGUUCAAUUCACAAAUUGUAACCCAGGGCACAUAGACUAGACAAACACUUGUCAGCCAGGACACAUAGACCAAGAAAAACACUUGUCAUCCAGGACAUGUAGACCAUACAAACACUUGUCAGCCAGGACACAUAGACCAAGAAAAACAAACACUUGCCAGCCAGAAUACAUAGACCAAGAAAAACAAACACUUGUCAGCCAGGACAUGUAGACCAUACAAACACUUGUCAACCAGGACACAUAGACCAAGAAAAACAAACACUUGCCAGCCAGAAUACAUAGACCAAGAAAAACAAACACUUGUCAGCCAGGACAUGUAGACCAUACAAACACUUGUCAUCCAGGACACAUAGACCAAGAAAAACAAACACUUGCCAGCCAGAAUACAUAGACCAAGAAAAACAAACACUUGUCAGCCAGGACAUGUAGACCAUACAAACACUUGUCAACCAGGACACAUAG